AUGUUAAAGAAUAACCAGAGUAAUUUACAAGCAACAUUAUUAACAUUAUUAUCUAAUUGGCGUUCUAUCACCAUUUCUAAAUCACAGAAAAUAGCAACAAAAACAGAACAAUUUUUCAAAGUAAAAUCGAUUACCAUUAAUAGUGAAGAAAUAUUAAUAUAUCAAUUAUUGAAGAAUCUAUCAAAAGAAAUAAGAAAUGUGAUGAGGAAACAAGUGGGGUUAGUUGAGAGAUUAAUAAAAUUUAUUAUUGAGAAAAUGGGUAAAAUGAAAAGUAUUAGUAUUGAAAGAGGAGAGUUAGUUCCAUUUCUUUAUGACGUUCUCCGAUUUAUGGUGAUUAGCUUUGAUGAAUAA